GUAGGAUUCCAGAACGUACCAGAAGGUAGGAUCCUGAUAAUUGGGUCAGUGAAGAGCAAACAUAGAUGUUGGGGAAGUCCCCUCCUCUGAUCCCGGCUUAAGGCCAGACCUCCCAGGAGUUAGUGAACUUUGGUUCAGCUCUACGGGAGGAAAGAGUGGUUAGAUGUGCCCUGGAUCGGUGGAGGAAAAGUACUGUGAUUGAAAAUACUGUGAGGGGACAAGAGGACCUUUGGCUACUGGCAGGUGGCCCUGGGGGUGUCUGAGUCAUCCACUUCUGGACAUGGAGAACAGGAUCCUGAUGAUGAAGUGGCCACCAAGAGACUCCCAUCUUCAUCCAGAGAUUGUCUUAAUGUCUCAGAAGCUCGGGUCAGGACUGAACAAAUAGACCCUCUUCCCAGACCAUAUAAGAAAAACAGAGGAAUCAUGUCCAUGAUUGCAGCUUUCUACAGCAACAAGUCUGUCCUCAUCACAGGGGCCACAGGCUUCCUAGGCAAGGUGCUGAUGGAGAAGUUGUUCCGCACCAGCCCCCAUUUGAAAGUCAUUUACAUCCUUGUGAGACCUAAGUCUGGACAAACACUGCAGGAGAGGGUUUUCCAGAUCCUCAACAGUAAGCUGUUUGAGAAAGUCAAAGAAGUCUGUCCAAAUGUGCAUGAGAAAAUCAGACCCAUCUCUGCAGACCUCAACCAGCGUGACUUCGCCAUCAGCAAGGAGGACAUGCAGGAACUUCUGUCUUGCACCAAUAUUAUCUUCCACUGUGCGGCCACUGUGCGUUUUGAUGCACAUCUGAGAGAAGCUGUGCAGCUGAAUGUCACCGCCACCCAGCAGCUCCUGCUAAUGGCCAGCCAGAUGCCAAAGCUUGAAGCCUUCAUCCACAUCUCUACUGCCUUUUCUAACUGCAAUCUGAGCCACAUAGAUGAGGUCAUCUACCCAUGCCCUGUGGAGCCAAGAAAGAUCAUUGACUCCAUGGAGUGGUUAGACGACUCUAUCAUUGAUGAGAUCACUCCCAAGCUGAUUGGGGACCGACCCAAUACCUACACCUAUACCAAAGCCUUGGGAGAGAUGGUGGUACAGCAGGAAAGUGGGAACCUGAAUGUGGCCAUUGUCAGGCCAUCCAUAGUGGGAGCAACCUGGCAGGAGCCUUUCCCGGGUUGGGUUGAUAAUUUAAAUGGACCCAGCGGAAUCAUUAUUGCGGCGGGGAAAGGAUUUCUUCGGUCCAUAAAAGCUACUCCCAUGGCAGUGGCAGACUUGAUUCCAGUUGACACAGUUGUCAACCUCACCAUAGCAGUAGGAUGGUAUACUGCAGUUCACAGACCUAAAUCAACAUUAGUCUACCAUUCCACAUCUGGUAAUCUCAAUCCGUGUAAUUGGUAUAAAAUGGGAUUACAGGUCUUGGCAACCAUCGAAAAGAUCCCAUUUGAGAGUGCUUUCAGAAGGCCAAAUGCUGACUUCACCACCAACAACUUCACCACCCAGUAUUGGAACGCUGUCAGUCAUCGGGCCCCAGCCAUUAUCUACGACUUCUAUCUGAGGCUCACUGGAAGGAAACCCAGGAUGCUGAAGCUCAUGAAUCGGCUCCUGAGAACCAUCUCCAUGUUGGAGUAUUUCAUCAACCACAGUUGGGAAUGGAGCACAAACAACACAGAGAUGCUUCUGUCAGAGCUGAGUCCUGAAGAUCAGAGAGUAUUCAACUUUGAUGUACGCCAGUUGAACUGGCUUGAAUACAUUGAAAAUUAUGUUUUGGGAGUUAAGAAGUAUCUACUGAAAGAGGAUCUGGCUGGUAUCCCCAAAGCAAAACAACACUUAAAAAGGCUCCGGAACAUUCACUACCUCUUUAACACCGCCCUGUUUCUUAUCGUCUGGCGCCUCCUCAUCGCAAGGUCUCAGAUGGCUCGGAACAUCUGGUUCUUCAUUGUGAGCUUCUGUUACAAGUUCAUCUCCUACUUUAGGGCCUCCAGCACACUCAAGGUCUAAGAACAUUCCACCAGCCCAUCAUCUGGAACCUCAAGAUACCUCUAAGGCAGUAAACUGUGUCUUAAACUAGGAAGUAACAAGAAGCUUCCCAAGCUUCCAGUCAAACUUGCCAUUCCAUCUUCUUUUCUACUUCUUUUCACUGUAUUUUCUUAAAAAUUUGGUUCAGUGAGAAGGAAAGUCAACCUUUAACUGCAUACAUUUACAAAAACCUAACUUCCAGAUUGUCUUUACAUCAUACACUCUACACUAUUACACAUGAAGCAUGAGAGCACCCCACUUCCUAUACUUAGCUUUCCCUUCCCUGACACAACUAAUUUCAACUUACUGAGCAUGGAAGAACACAUGGAAGAAGCCUAAGCAAGCUAGAGAAAGGCAGCACUAACCAAGGAGGCAUGCUCAGUAGCAAGGCAAAAGCUUCCAACCAUGGUGAACGGAGGAGGGCAGCUCAGCAUUGUGACAAUGCCACAGAAGUAGCCUACUAUAUUAAACACUAGAGUCCUGGUUGAGUUGAGGGGUGGGUGAUGGGAAAAAUACUCAUGUCUGCCCUGUUUCUCACUUGUGUCUGUAUCUUACACCAAAUAUGAACUUAAUCGUACAUACACCAGGGAGUCUUACGUACUUAAGUCAAAGUUUAUAGCGUCUUAUGAUUUUGACAUCCCUUAGUCUAACUCUUUUUAAUCGCCAUUGUCCUGAAAACCCACUUAAGUUUCCUUCUCAUUUAUCGAUAUUGCCAAAGCCCUUCUAUUUAAGUGUACUUCACUCAGACAUCAGUCAGUAAGGCUGAUGGGGAGAGGGAAGUUCCUAGACUAGAACCAUAGAAACGCUCCAACCUUUGCCAGUGAGGAAAGCAAAAUUUCAAAUAAAAUUUUAAGUUCUA